GCCCCCGGCCCACGCACAGCCUGAUGGGAGUUGUAGUUCUGAUUUAACCAAUCCCUGUGAAGUGUGUGGGGAUCAUCAUGGCGGCUCAGCUGGAGGAGAAUGGUUGCAGCAGGCAGAGCAGCCCCACGGCAGGGGACUCGGAUAGCGAUUUGGGUGACUCUGCCCGUCACAAACUGGAAUCCCUCCUGAACCGGAACAUGCGGAUCGAGAUGACGGACGGCCGGUCGCUCAUCGGCUGCUUCCUCUGCACAGACCGGGACUGCAACGUCAUCUUGGGCUCCGCGCAGGAAUUCCUUCGGCCGUCGGACACGUUUCCCAUCAGAGAGCCGCGGGUUCUGGGUCUCGCCAUGGUCCCCGGCCACCAUAUUGUAUCCAUCCAGGUGGAGCUCGAGAGUGUCACGGCCCCCCAGUACCUCUGAGUCCCCAGACGCUGGACCCCCUAGGACUGUUAACUAUUUACCUCCUGAACGAGGAGAGAAGGCGGAAGCACCGCGAGCAGAGUGUUUGGAGUAUACCCGCAGCUCCGUGACCAGCCUUACAAGUCUGUUAACACGCUGUCAGAGAAUUUACGCAAACCGGGUUCCAGGCAGAGUUCUGAUUAAAAUGUAUUUAUAUUUAAUCAAA